AUGUCCAUCCGCGUCCUAAUCAAAGACUACCCGCACCGCGCAAUCGCCCUCGCUACCUCGACCCACGCCCUCGUCCUCCGACACAGCUCGUCCACCACCGAGCACAAUGGGAACCCAAACGCCUCGUCGACGUCGCUGGGAAGCAAUGGUGCCGGCGUCGCGCGCUGCAUGGUCGAGUUUACACGCCUGGACGAAAUCGACCUGGACGACUACCGUGCCAUAAACUCGGUCAAUGUGUACGGGACGCUUGGGCUCAUUACCGUAAACAACGACGUCUUCCUGGUCGUGGUCAACAGCGCAAGCAAGGUUGCGACCGUACGGCCUGGCGAGACGGUGCAAAGGAUCAACUCGGUCGGCUUCUAUUGCUUGACCAGCACGACCUACGACACGCUGCUCAACGACGAAGUCAAUCCAUACCCCACAGACACGAUAGACGAUGAAGGAUACGAAAUGGGCUUUGGGGGGCGGAAGGAGCAGUCCCCAAUGGAACACCCGUGUCUGGCACUCAAGAAGAUUCUCAGCAGCGGCACAUUUUACUACAGCUCAGACUUUGAUCUCACCAGGCGGGUGCAGGAUCGUACGACCGACGCUGCUACCGUAUCCAUCGACAGCCUGGAUGCUGGGUUCCUGUGGAAUUCAUACAUGAUACAACCCCUGGUCGACUUCAGGAGUAGGCUUGCGCCUAGGGACAAGGAGGCGCUGGACGCAUCGGGAAUCCUGACAUCUGCGAUUCGGGGUUUCGCGCUGACGAUUACGGUUCCCAAGGCCUCGGCGCCCAUCAGAGUCCAGGACUCAGGCAUACCGUCUUCCAUGACCCUUAUUUCCAGACUGUCGUGCAAAAGGGCUGGGACCAGGUUCAACUCGCGAGGCAUCGACGACGAUGGAAACGUUGCCAACUUUGUUGAGACGGAAACAAUCUACUGGGCCCCAUCAGGAGCGUGCUUCUCGUACGUACAGGUGCGAGGAAGUGUACCCAUCUUUUGGGAGCAACAGGCUGGCAUUUUGCCUGGACAGCAGAAGAUUACCAUUACGCGAUCUCCAGAAGCCACCCAACCAGCUUUUGAUAAGCACUUUGACAACUUGGAGCUGAGCUACGGUACAAUACACGUGGUCAAUCUGCUGAGUAACGAAAAGCAAAAUGAGCUGGAGUUGUCACAUAGAUAUCGUGGCCACAUUCGAAGCAGCCCGUUGAACCACGGAGGUGACUCUGCUGAACGUCAACACGAUCUCAUCAAGCUCACAGAAUACGAUUUUCAUGCCGAGACACGCGGACCAGGCGGCUAUGAGAUGGCUAGCAUGAUUGCGCAAUGGAUCCAUGAUUCCGCAGAAAGCUUUGGAUAUUACCUGUCCGAAGAGGUCGAAGAGAAGACUCGGCACAACGGACAAGACUAUCUUGUUCGUCGGUCAAUGACCAUACUACAGCAAGAAGGAAUCUUUCGAACAAACUGCCUCGACUGUCUCGAUCGGACGAAUCUCGUGCAAACCAUCAUCAGCAAGAUGGCCUUGGAGCUAUUUCUGAGCCACAAGGGCCUUCGAGGCACGCAAGACUUCUGGGCUAGGCACUCGAGUAUGUGGGCGGAUAACGGUGAUGCGCUUUCCAAGAUAUACGCAGGCACUGGAGCGCUAAAAUCCUCAUUUACGCGAUCGGGAAAGAUGUCGUUGGCAGGUGCUCUCGCAGAUGCUCGGAAAAGCGCUACGCGAAUGUACAUUAACAACUUUGCGGACAAGGGCCGACAGAACACGAUCGACAUGCUUCUUGGUCGACUUAUUGGUCAAGUCCCGGUACACCUGUACGAUCCCAUCAACGACUUUGUUGUCGCAGAGCUCGCAAGGCGGUCUACAGAAUAUUCAGAAACCGAGAUGAUCAACAUCCUGGUUGGCACGUUCAAUUUGAACGGAAAGACGGACGGCAUCAGGAGUGAUCUCUCGCCGUGGCUAUGUCCAGACGUCGAUGCUUCACAGCAGUGUCCUGAGAUAGUGGCCGUGGGGUUCCAGGAAAUCGUCGAGUUGAGUCCACAGCAAAUCAUGUCUACAGACCCAGACCGGCGCGUAGCGUGGGAAGAAGCUGUGAGGGCGUGUCUAAACCGGAAUUCUGAAAAACAUGGCAAGGAUGAGUAUGUCAUGCUCAGAGGCGGGCAGCUGGUCGGAGCGAGCUUGUCCGUCUUUGUUCGGUCAGACUGUUUGAAGCACAUCAAAAAUGUUGAGGGUGCUUUGAAAAAGACCGGCAUGUCUGGUAUGGCUGGCAACAAGGGCGCGGUGGCGAUCCGUUUCGAGUAUGCCAAUACCUCGAUCUGCCUUGUCACUGCACAUCUUGCAGCUGGGUUCGCCAACUACGAAGAACGAAACCGCGACUACAAGACCAUCAGCCACGGUCUGCGAUUUCAGCGAAACCGGGCAAUCGAAGACCAUGACACCGUGAUAUGGCUCGGCGAUUUCAACUACCGGAUUGGCCUGAGCAACGAAAAGGUGCAAAAGCUGUGUUAUGUCGGCGACCUUGAGACUUUGUACGAAAACGACCAGCUCAAUCUGCAGAUGGUUGCAGGGUUAACCUUUCCCUACUACUCCGAGGCUCGCAUCACCUUCCCACCUACAUACAAGUAUGACCUCAACACUGAUCGGUAUGACACGUCGGAAAAAGCGCGCAUACCGGCGUGGUGCGAUCGAGUCCUACGCAAGGGUGACAACAUCCGCCAGAUACACUACAGUGAUGCGCCGCUCAAGUUCUCCGAUCACCGACCAGUGUAUGCCACAUUUCAAGUUCUGGUGCAGAGAGUAGACGAAAAGAAGAAAGAGGCCUUGAAAGAGGCUCUGUAUAAACAAAGAAGAGAAGUUGUUGGCGACACCAGGGCAGCUGGCCGUCUAGGCGAAGAUGAAACCGACGAUGAAGAUUUGCUUGGAUAUGACAGCAUAGAGCCAGGACUACCGCCUGCAAGCUCAGAUCGGAGGAAAUGGUGGCUUGACAACGGUCUCCCAGCUAAAGCGCGCGUCCAACCGCCGUCCAACGACGUUGUUCCCAAUCCGAACCGGCCCAGCAACCCCUUUACCCCUAGCUCUGAACCAGAAUGGGUGAACGUCAAACAAGCACAGGCUGGCCGAAGACCGGAGCCACCACCAGCGCGUGGUUCGCAAAGAGCACGCACUGUCGAUUUUGGCGCCACGGGCUCGUCGACAAGCUUACCAGGAACGCAGAAGCCAAUGGCCCGUAAGAUGAUUGCACCACCGUAUCCAGGCCAUGCACAACAAAUCGUCAGCUCAGACGGGUCACGAGACUCGUCAACUGAACUCCGGCGUGCUGGGUCAAGCGCCUCGACUCACUCUCUGCCUAGUUUGCCAUACCGCGCUUCCAACACCUUAGCACAAGGCCAGCCUUCCAGCAGCAGUAACAGAACGCAGGUCCUCCGCAAGCCGGCACCACCCCCGAUCCCAAACAAGAAACCCGCUCUCCUCACAAAAACAUCGUCUCCGCGUACAUCUCCGGCCCCGCCGCUUCAAAGAUACCGCGACGAUCCAUCCAUGGAGGAAUCGAGAGCGCAACCCCCACCACCAGCGAAACGUUCCAUGGCUCCUCCCCCUAAUCUGACGCGGAAACCAGUGCAGAAUCUGAUUGACGCCGAUGAUGAUUUUCACAAGCCAGCUUUGCCUCCGCGCACAAAUACCAAUGGAGGUGCACGUAGUGGUGGUGGUGGCGGUGGACGCAGCUUGAUGGAUGAUGAGCCGGACGACAUGCAGAAUAUGAGAGACUGGGAGGUGCUCAGGCCUGGGCGAUGA